CGAACACUUGUCUAUCCAGGCAUAAAAGGGAGGCAAUCUGACACCAGCAAAAAUCCCAACCAGUCGAAAGAGCAGGCAGGAGCAAAGCAGAGAUGGCUCUGAAUGAGACAGGAAGUUUUUUCAACUAUUCAAACAGCACAGAGGAAGUCAAGUGCGCACCAGACCGUAGGAACAGCCAAGUGAUCUUCUCAACGCUUUACACCAUCCUCUUUGUAGCUGGCCUUUUGAUGAACAGCCUGGCCAUUUGGGUGUUCUUUGAAAUCCCAAGCAAGUCAAACUUCAUUGUGUACCUUAAGAACACAGUUGUGGCUGAUGUGCUAAUGAUAGUGACAUUCCUGUUUAAAAUUAUCGUCGAGUCACAGUUCAGGACACCAUGGCUCCAAGUCUUCGUCUGUCAAGUUAGUUCAGUCAUCUUCUACCUGACUAUGUACAUCAGCAUCAUAUUUCUAACACUGAUAAGUGCCGACCGCUACCAAAAGGCAGCAAGGCCAUUCGGCCACUCUGGAACCUGCAAACCCAGAACCACAAAAGUUGUCUCGGCAGCCAUAUGGCUGUCCAUGUUUCUCCUGGUAUUGCCCAACAUGCUACUUUACAAGGGGAGCACCAUGCCAGCAAAUGAACGCAAAUGCUCCUCCCUCAAGACCCAGCUGGGCUUGAAGUGGCAUGAAACGGUGAACUUCAUCUGCCAGAUCAUUUUCUGGAGCAGCCUGGUGAUAAUAGUUGUGUGCUAUGUCUUGAUAAGCAGGGAACUUUAUAAAUCCUAUCAGAAAACGAGAGGCAGCUCCAAGCAAACAAAGAAAAUUAACCUCAAUGUUUUUCUUGUGCUGGCUGUGUUCUUUAUCUGCUUUGUCCCCUUUCAUUUUGCCAGGAUCCCAUACACACUUAGCCAGACCCGAGAUGCUUUCAGGUGUUCAAUUCAGAUUGCCCUGUACUACAUCAAAGAGAGCACGCUAAGCAUGAUAUCGUUAAAUGCUUGCUUUGAUCCAUUAAUUUACUUUUUUCUCUGUAGAUCGUUCAAAAGCAUGCUAUUCACAAAACUGGGUUUCUGCACAAAGAGACUGCCAAAAAUGGAGAAAAAUACAAACUCAAGUGCGGACACUUCAGUCUAGAGUACAAGUCAGUACAACACUGACCAACUCCAAACAUUCUUAACAAGGGAUGGCAAACGUGGUGCAAAAUCAGCUCUAAGAACUGCUCUGGACAUUGGGAAAAUGCAGGUUCAAUUCUGCCCCAAAAUUCAAAUAAACAAGUACUAGCCCCAGAACUGGAAACUUGAAUGAAUGUAUUGAAUAAUCUAAUAACUUGCAUAAAUUAUGAGAUUCAGUGUUGUAAGAUAGGUAGGCACAGACAUUAUGAAACAGUUCCUGGCAACAAUGAUUAUGUAAUUUGACAACUUCAGAAGCAUUCACAUCCUUGAAAGGAGUGUGUUGAAGAGAUUCAAUUUUGAAACGGACCCUGUGACUAGUAACAAACACUCUGAAACAUAAUGAGUGCUGUGAUGAAUACAUAGUCAUAGCUAUGGGUUUAUCUACCCCAGGUACACAGACUGCAUGAGCACCUCACCAACAAAAUAACAGAUUGGCAUUUAUAGACACCAGGUCAAGCCGCAACUAUAAAGAGACAAACUAAGUGAACUUUUCAAGCAGAUGGCUUUCCAUCAAAACUGUCUAAUUAACAGAGUUCUAAUGAAAGGUCAUCAACCUAAAAUGUUAACUCUCUUUUUCCAUCUGCGGAUGCUGCCUGACCUGCUGAGUAUUUCUAACAUUUCCAGUAUUUUACUUUUGUAUUGUUGCAUUUUACAGUGCAAUUCAUUAUGCCUGAAUUUCCAACAGUGUUUCUCAACUAUUUAAGCUUCUUUUGAAGUUUAGUCACUAUAUUGUAAUGUUUAAACACUGCCAAGUUUCAAUAGUAGCAACGAGUUACUGACCUAGUUUCCUGGUGUAGGUGUUGCUUGAGAGAGAAAUGUUGGCUAAAACACAGGCAAGAAGCGUUUUGAACCUUCUGCUUCUCUUCAAGUAAGUUUCCAUCAGUGUAAAAGGGCAUCCUGGAUUUAACAAUCCAUCUGGAACACAACACCUCUGGCCGUAUAGCACUGAAGUGGAAGUUUUGAUUAGGAAGAGGGGAAAUAAACCCUCAACCUUCUGCAGUAGAGACAGAAGUUCCGAUGACUGGCAAUGUGGCAGGAGGUUAUUUCCAAAAGCGCAUAAUCCAUGGCUACUGACUGUAGCCAAACAAACAGUACAGUCACAAAACAUGUGGGGAUAAACUUAGAGCACAAGCUACAGUCAUGUAGGAUCCAAAAAAUCAUUCUAUAACAGUUAUGCCAUUGACUACGCACAAUGACGGAACCAGCAUUAGCUUUGCCACAGAGGCUGAUGGUGGAAUCCAGUGACACAAUCUGAUCAUGACCACUGAAGACAGCACGGGAUGCGACAAGUUAUGAACAAUCUGGCUGUGCACAGGGAAUUUUCUCAGUGUCAGAUCUUUCAAUGUUUAUCUGCAAUAUAAGAUUGUUUAAAAUUCACGUUGGUCUCCAAGCCACAAACUGAUAAAAGAUUCUGUGGUUUUAUUGAUGUAUUAAGCACAUUUAAAAUCUGACUAACCUACUGACAUUCCUAAUGUGACUAUCACAUAUGAUUACUACUGCCUGAUCCUUGUGACAUAGGUUAUAAAGAUACUGGUUUAAAGACCAAAUAUGAGGGGUUCCAAGGACUCCACAAGAUCCUCAAAUCUGCAUUGUAGGUUUUGAACAUUAACAGCAGCAAUAAUAUUAUUUACUGUUGACUUUGUGCAUUGUUUCCCUUUAAGUAUCUAAUAUCGGCCCUGGCAGGUUCAGACAAAAUAAUAUCUGCUAACUUAACUCAGCAGAAAAGUCAUAAACCCAUUGAGGUGUGUGAAUGUUGGUGUCUACUGUAAU